AUGACAACAGAAAAGAAAUUUGGUCAUGCAUCAGUAUCAGUUGCUGAAGGUACUGAUGAUGUUUAUAUCAUUAAAUUUACAGAAGAGGAAAAUAAAUUCAAUGAUGAUAAUUUAAAGAAUAUUAAUGAUGCUCUUGAUUAUAUAGAAUCAUGUGAAGAAGCAUCAUGUUUAAUAACAAUUGGGACAAGUUCAAAAUUCUAUUCAACAGGAUUAGAUUUAGAUUGGAUUACAUCUGGACAAUGUAAAGACUUUAGAAAAUUUAUUACCAACUUUCAAAAGAUGUUGGCCAGAAUGUUGACAUUGCCCAUUCCAACCAUAUGUGUUAUCAAUGGUCAUGCAUUUGCUGGUGGUGCCAUGUUGGCAUGUGCACAUGAUUACCGUAUCAUGCGUCAAGACAGAGGUUUCUUUUGUCUUCCAGAGGUUGAUAUUCAUAUCCCACUUACACCUGGUAUGAAUGCCAUCCUACAAUCAAAGAUGACCGAUGGCACCGUCUACAGAGAUGCAGCAUUACUAGGUAAACGAUUCAAUGGAAAGGAAUCACUUCAAGGAAAGAUUGUAGAUGCUCUUGCAUCAGAAGAUAAAUUAUUAUCCGAUGCCAUCGCACUUGCCACUUCAAUCUCUUCAAAAGGAAAGGAUAGAUUUACAUUUGGAUCUUUGAAAAAGGAAUUAUAUAAAAAUGCUACCAAAGAAUUAUUAUCUGGUGAUUUUGGGCAUGCCGCUGGUGUUAAAAUGUUUUCUAAAUUGUAA